UAAACUUAGUAUGACUUGAUUAGAUUUCAUUUUGGGUAUCUAGAGUUGCUCCAUUUAGGAUGACGAAAGCCUCCGUUAGGCCAAUUUCUACCUUCUUUUUGGGAAAUACAGACCGUCACAUCAAAAUGUACUUGCAGGUGGCGACAUUCCUAAUAAACCAGUGAUUGGAAUUGUUCCCGAGGAGCUAACUGAGAACAACUAUGAGGACUGGAAAAUAUGCUUAAAGCAUUAUUUGGUUGGCCAUGGACUUUGGGGUGUCGUCUCUGGGAAAGAGUCUGAACCAAGUAAAGAUAAGAAAGAAGAACAUGAAGAAUGGAAGAAGAAGAAUGCACUGGCUUUGCAUGCCAUACAACUUUCAUGCGGAGCAAGCAGAUACGCCAAGUUUAAAGAGGCUCAUACUUCCGCUCGGGUUGCAUGGUACCAUUUGGCUGAGAAAAUAAAGAGCCCUAAAAAAAUAACAGCACCUGAUGUUGAAGAUGAAAACCAUAUCAAAGAUGAAGGAUCGAAAGAAUACCUUAAUUAUGCCGACUUGUAUGAGGCAAUUGAUAAAGGCAAUUUGCGCAGCACAAGGGCUUUUCUUGAACAAAAACCAAAUGCAGUCGGGGCAAGAAUUUCAUCACAUAAAGACAUUGCUCUUCACAUUGCCAUUUUGGCUGGACACAUGAAGAUUGCAGAGGAGUUGGUAAAGAAAAUGCGACCAGAAGACUUGGAGAUGACAAAUGAAUAUGGCUCUACAGCUCUUUCUUUAGCUGCAAUCAGUGGUGCAACAAAACUAGCGAAGAUGUUGGUAGAGAGAAACCAUAAGUUAGUUAGCAUCGCAAGUGAGCAAGAAGAUGGGCAGCUUCCGGUCAUUGUUGCUGCGCAAUAUGGCCAAAAGCGUAUGGUUCGUUAUCUAUACAGGGUAACGCCAAAAGAGGAACUAAGUCCAGAGAAGGGUGAAAAUGGAGUCACACUGCUGAAUUGUCUGAUUACGGCCGAAAUUUAUGAUGUUGCAGCAACGCUAUUGAAAAGGUUCCCAAAACUUGGUACCAUCCCCGAUCAUAAUGGUGACUACACUCUUAGAAUCCUUUCUCACAAGCCAUCAGCAUUCCCUAGUGGAACCAAUUUCAUUUUCUGGAAGAAAUGGAUCUACUCAUGUGUAGUGGUUGAUUCGUUUUGGAGUAGAUCAAAAGGUUCCCAUGGAGGUGAAAGCGCCAAAACCCAGCAUUCAAGCGAUCCUGAGGACCACAACAUUGACAUUCUUGAUUCCAGUGAUGAUGAAAUGGCCAUAACGACGCAUGCUGGUGCGAGGUUUACUAGCUAUGUUCGCAAGACUCUGAAAGAACUGGGUUGGGGACUUUUGAGAUGCCUUGUUCCAGAUAUCAAGGAUAUUCAUGACAGGAAGUUAAUUCAUGCUGAAGCUAGGGGACUACUCACCUGCAUUUUUCAGGAGGUCCGAGAGUUGAAUAAGUCACAACUUGAAACAAUGGGUAUUGAUAAGAUCUUGUAUGAUGCUAUCGAGCAUGGAAUUAUUGAGUUUGUCCUUGAAAUUCUUAAAUUUACUCCUGAAAUUAUAUGGAGAAAAGACAAAAGGGGACGAACAAUCUUCGCACAUGCAAUUAUACUCCGGCAAGAGAAGAUUUACAGCCUUAUACAUUCCUUGGGUGCUAAAAAGAAAAUAAUUGCACGUCGACAUGAUGUUUUUGGAAACAAUUUUUUGCAUUUAGCAGCCAAGAUGUCUCCUCCAUCUCAACUCGAGAGGGUUUCAGGUGCUGCCCUACAAAUGCAAAGGGAACUGCAGUGGUUUCAGGAAGUGGAAGCCAUAGUUCAACCAAAGUGCAGGGAAGAAAAGAAUGAGAAUAUGAAAACGCCUUCUACACUUUUUUCUGAUGAGCAUAAGGUGCUGGCUAAGGAGGGAGAAAGAUGGAUGAAAAAUACUGCGGGAUCAAGUAUGAUUGUUGGGACUCUCAUUGCUGCAGUCAUGUUUACGACAGCUUUCACUGUUCCAGGUGGUAAUGAUACCAACACAGGACUCCCAGUCAUGCUUAAAAAACAACGAAAGGCUUUCUUGCUCUUCAUGGGGUCGAACGCACUAGCUAUGUUCACUUCCUCAACUUCAAUCCUGAUGUUCUUGGGGAUUCUCACAGCACGAUACGCGGAGAUAGAUUUUCUGAAGUCCUUACCUACAAAGUUAAUCUUUGGCAUUGCUUGUCUGUUCAUAUCCAUAGUCACCAUGAUGAUAUCAUUUGGCGCAGCUAUAUAUCUGAUGCUGAUCAAUGAUUUAUCUUGGGUUUCAUAUCCAAUCAUAGUUUUCUCUGUCAUCCCAGUCGCUCUUUUUUCCUUGCUGCAGUUUCCACUGCUGGUUGAGAUGAUUAAUCGCACUUACGGAUCAGGCAUCUUCAGGAAACCUAAAAGGAAACUGUUUAGUUCCUGAGCUUGUUGCGGAUUUAUGUCGCUCUUUGAGCUUUGAAUAAAAAAAAUCCUGGAUUGAGUCAUUGAGAUGUUUCAAAAAAUCGAAUAAAACAAGUCAGUGUGAUCAAUGGGAUCAAUCCUUCAUUUUCCUUGUUACAGAAGGGUAAUCUCUUUAUGUUUUAUCUCCAAAAGUUCAGCUAAAUUGUCAAG